AUGCACGGCUUGAUCCACACCGUCUGGAAAAGCUACAUCGAAGAGAAACAUGGUCAGGAGGUGUGGGCACAGGCUCUUCGAGCUUGUGGUGUGCAAGACGACGCGGAAUUCCUUGAAUUCAAGCAGCACGAGGAUAAGCUGACGCACCAAGUCAUGUCGGCCAGCAUCCGGGCUGCCGGCAGCAGCCUCGAGGCCAGCUUGGAGCUCUUUGGUGCCUUCUUUGUGCAAUUCAUGGUUCGGCAAGGCUGGACGCAGUGGUUGCAAGCCAUGGGAAGCUCUUUGGAGGAGUUCGUGCAGAACCUGAAUGACAUGCACCAUGUUCUCGAGCGUGAUUUUCGUUCAGCAUGCUUUCCGAUAUUUACUGCAUCACGUUCUGAGGAGGGCGAAUUCUUUCUGACAUACAGCUCGUCCAGGUUUGUGCCCAGCCUUACGAAGGGCGUGCUCCGAGAAGUAGCGGCAGUUCUCUACAACGUCCAUGUGGAGUUGCUGAAGACCGGCGGCGACGGGAAGACGGAGAUCACUUGGAAGGUGGUCCAAAGCAGCCUUCAGAGCUCGGGCCUCUCCGGCCCUUCGGUGGCCUCGCGCCAGCCAACGUCGGCCCUUGCUGGUUUCAGCUGGUUCGAUGUGCACAAGGUGCUGGCGGCUGCAUGCCGUGGCACGGAUGUUUUCGGUGCCAGCUGCUGCCGGCAGGAGGCCGAAGGGGCGGAGGUCGUCAUUGCAGCGCGGGAGCAGGUCGACACCAAAGACAGCGAUGCACGGUCGAGGCGGCCCUCUGACUGCCAAACGAGCUUCUCCUAUAGUACGCUCGAUGAGGAUGUUGAUGUCACGCGGACAACCACAAUGCAGGAUCCUGACUCCCUGCCGUCGGUUGCGAAGAUCCGUCAGAGGUUUCAGAUUCCCACAAGCUCCAGCGUCCUGCAGUGGCUUGGACGGCAGGACGCUGACCGGCGCCUGGAGCUGGCCCGGAUGCUCCAGCGGGCGGUGCCGGCAGGGCGGGUAGCGUGUCAUUGGUACGAGCUCAGCAGCUGCACCGAUGCGGAGUACACGAGCUUCUGGAAGCCGCAGCUGAAGAGUGAGGAGUUCUACCUUUGGUCCGAGAGCUGCCGCAGCCAGGUCUCUGAGCCGGAGGAGCCUUCGAAAGUUCGACCUCUGCUGGGCCACUCUGUAGUCAUGUGGUGUACACAGGGCCUGGCGGAUGACGCCUCUGAUUGUGAGAUACCUUUGCGUUUUGUGAGCCACAGCUGGUGGCCCCCGCAGGACUGGCAUCAAGUCAUGGGCGAAAAGUGCAGCUACGAGGCCAUCAAGGCUGCUGAGCUCUGCAUUGCCGCGAAGGACCUUUCUGCCGAGUACCUCCGUGAUGCCAGUCGCUGGGAGGAGGCGCGCUUCUGGAUCGAUAAGUGUUGCAUUCGUCAGAACGAUGAGGAGUUUAUGUCCUUGUCCAUCCAGCUCAUUGAAGAGUUCAUGCAGCUCUGCCACGGCAUGGUCGUGAUCUUUACCUGGUCAUACCUGGAACGACUGUGGUGCGUUUACGAGUGGGCGUGUUUCCUGGUGUUUCACGAGCCUCACGACAUGGUCAUCUGCGCCGAGUCCCUUUACCGAGCGGGCACGGAGGAGCGGUUCUUGGAGUCCGUUCGCCGCUUCUCAGUGGAGCAGAGCCAGUGCACCGAUCCGGAGGACCGGAAAGUCCUGGAGCAGAAGAUCAAAGAGUACUAUGGAUGCUGUGAGAACUUCGAGAGAUUUCUCCGAGUCUCCGUGAUUGCCAUCAUCGGCCGGUGUUUGGCAGCUCGCGGGGCUCGGAACAAGACUGGCCUUUGCAACUGGGUCGCUCUGGCAGACGACUUGGGCUUCCAGGACCUGGCAGAUGGCCUGCGCCUUGCGGACCCGGCCGCUUGGCGACAGCAGGCUUUGGACGAGGUGGAAACCAGCAACACAGAUUUGCAGAGCUGCAUCAAGGCACAAAGCGAUGCCUGGUUUGCCGACCACAUCACACCCAUCCUUGCCGCCGAGCGCCGGCGUGCCGUUCAGAGGAAUGUCUUCCGAAGCAUGUUGCUCCGCAAGAACUUUGCCUUUGCCUUGGCAGUUGAUGGCACGCCAUGUUGGCUCCAAGUCAUCGAAGUUCCUGACAUGCUCUGCCUACUCGACCGGUUGCUACGAAGCGUGGGGAAAGAUACCACCGACCUGGCUGUGGGACACCAGCUUCAAACGUCCGACAGCCUUCCACUCCUCCCGGGUGCUUGGUCAGGCAACUGGCCUCAGCACCUGCUACAGUGUCAUGAGGAGAUCGUGACCAAUUGCAUGGAAUAUAGGACCUGGAGGCGUUUCCAUCCGCAGCCGGGUGAGUUGAGUGAUAUCGCUUUGGAAACCUUCCGUGCUUUGUGCCCCGUGGGUAGCAUGUCGAGGUGCAUGAAAAUUCGGGCUGUACCGCGGCACGGUGAUCGGCAGCAUUCCAGCUUUGCAAUCAGUGUCUGUGAGCUGCUGCCAGAGUGCAACCUUUUCGGUAGUCCGCAUUGGUACAGUCUCUUUGCAACACCUGGCGGUGUCGAAGUGUUUGAUUGGGCGGGAAUGGCCCUCGGCUCUGGGCAGGACGUCCCAAGGACUGCUCUGCUCUCUGCCAGCAUCUCCCCGAGGUACUUCGCGGAAAUCACGCUUGACGUCCUUGAGGAGCAGACGUUCCUGAAGCGUGCCAUGGAAGAGCCCGGGCCCCGCUACGUCCACCUGCGUCGCAGCUCCAUCGGGACCGUGACAGUUCCUCCCCACAUCGAGGAGAAUCAGCCUGGCAAGCUGGUGUCCCAGGUUUGGACUGGGCACCCCAAGGUGGAUCGAACCCUAUUCAUCAUGGACCGCCGUGCCGAAAAUCGGCUGCGGGAAGUGAAAGCAGUGGGCACGCAGAAGAGCAUCCCCAUGCUCAGAGGCGUCGCUUGCUCCAAGAAGAACUACGGAGCUCGGCUGGGACCAGAGCCUUUCGGGGACUCCUUCCGUGCUAAGUACUUGAACUCGCAGAAGAAGUCUCCGGUGGCAACUGCCCCUCCCACGCUGAUGGAUAAGACGGACGACUAG